AUUUCUUUUAUUUUAUAAUUACAUUUUUUUCAAUUGAAUUUUGAAUUAACAUUGUCAAAUUAACUUCAAUUACCAAUUAUAUUAAUAAAAUUAACAUUAAGUGUAGAAUCAUAAUUCUACCCAUUAAAAUUCUUAUUUUGAAGGAUGAAUUUUAUAAGCAAUUUAUUUCAAAAGGCAAUAAGACCAAAAAAUAUUAAAAAUGCUUCUCAAGUAUUAUCAAUUAUUCAUUCACCGACGGUCAGUGGUUCAUCUCUAGUUCUUUCUAGAGGAUUUAAAGUUUUUGGAUUGGUGAGAAAACGUUGUAAAGAUUGUUACAUUGUUGCCAGAGAUCAAAGAUUAUACAAUUUAUGUAAAACUCAUCAAAAACAUAAACAAAUGAGUAUCAGGCAUCCUGAUAAGGCUUACUAUAUUCUUACGGGUGUACAGCAAAAAAAAAAAAGAGAAUGGUGAUUUAAAAGACUAUUAUAACAUAUACCUUAUUAUAAGUUAUAGAUUUUUACUUUUUAGUAUAUUGUAUAAUGUAUUUACUAAAAAUUUACUGAAGU